GCCGGGCGGGCCGGCCGGGCGGGAGUGCAGGGGACGCGAGGGCGCGAGGGCCGGGACAUGGGGCCCGCCAGCCCCGCCGCUCGCGGUCUGGGCCGCCACCGGGGCCCGCCGCCGCUGCCGCUCUUGCUGCCACUAUUGCUGCUGAUUCUGCGCGCGCAGCUCGCCGCCGGGAGCUUGGCCGGUGGGAGCCCCGGAGCUGCCGAGGCCCCGGGGUCGGCCCAGGUGGCCGGACUAUGCGGGCGCCUAACCCUUCACCGGGAUCUGCGCACCGGCCGCUGGGAGCCAGACCCACAGCUCUCGCGACGCUGCCUCCGGGACCCGCAGCGCGUGCUGGAGUACUGCAGACAGAUGUACCCGGAGCUGCAGAUUGCACGAGUGGAGCAGGCAGCGCAGGCCAUCCCCAUGGAGCGCUGGUGCGGGGGUGCCCGGGGCGGCCAUUGUACCCACUCCCACCAGGUCGUGCCCUUCCGCUGCCUGCCGGGAGAAUUCGUGAGCGAGGCCCUGCUGGUGCCCGAAGGCUGCCGGUUCUUGCACCAGGAGCGCAUGGACCAGUGUGAGAGCUCCACCCGGAGGCAUCAGGAGGCGCAGGAGGCCUGCAGCUCCCAGGGUCUCAUCCUGCGUGGCUCCGGCAUGCUUUUGCCCUGUGGCGCAGACCGGUUCCGGGGUGUGGAGUAUGUGUGCUGCCCACCUCCGUCGACCGCCAACCCAUCUGGGACAGCAGCUGGGGACCCCUCAGCCCGGGCCUGGCCCCUGAGGGCCAGAACAGAAGGGAGGGAGCACCGGGAGGAGGAAGAACCCUUCCUGCAGCCUGUAGACGAUUACUUCGUGGAGCCCCCACGGGCUGAGGAGGAAGAGGAGGAGGAGAGAGCACCACCCCCAAGCUCCCACACUCCUGCAGGGGUCAGCAAAGUGACUCCCACCCCGAGGCCCACAGAUGGUGUGGACGUGUACUUUGGCAUGCCCGGGGAAAUCAGUGAGCACGAAGGGUUCCUGCGGGCCAAGAUGGACCUGGAGGAGAGGAGGAUGCGCCAGAUUAAUGAGGUGAUGCGUGAAUGGGCCAUGGCGGACAACCAGUCCAAGAACCUGCCUAAAGCCGACAGGCAGGCCUUAAAUGAGCACUUCCAGUCCAUUCUGCAGACCCUGGAGGAGCAGGUGUCCGGCGAGCGGCAACGCCUAGUGGAGACCCACGCUACCCGCGUCAUCGCCCUCAUCAAUGACCAGCGCCGGGCUGCCCUGGAGGGCUUUCUGGCUGCACUGCAGGGGGACCCACCUCAGGCAGAGCGCGUCCUGCUGGCCCUGCGGCGCUACUUGCGUGCAGAACAGAAGGAGCAAAGACACACACUGCGGCACUACCAGCACGUGGCUGCCGUGGAUCCCGAGAAGGCCCAGCAGAUGCACUUCCAGGUGCAGACGCACCUUCAAGUGAUCGAGGAGCGGAUGAAUCAGAGCCUGGGCCUGCUGGACCAGAACCCCCGCCUGGCUCAGGAGCUGCGGCCCCAGAUCCGGGAGCUCCUCCACUCUGAACAGCUGGGUCCUAAUGCCUUGGAAGCCCCUGCCCCUGGGGGAAGCAGUGAGGACAAGGGUGGGCUGCAGCCUCUGGAUUCCAAGGACGCAGAUGCCCCCGUGGCCCUUCCCAAAGGGGGUGCAGGGUCCACAGAACAAGAUGGUGCAACUGCUGGGAGAGAGAAGCUGUCCCCCCUGGAGCAGUACGAGCGAAAGGUGAAUGUGUCCGGUCCCAGGGGGUUUCCUUUCCACUCAGCGGACAUUCAGAGAGAUGAGCUGGCACCGGCCGGGGCAGGCGUGUCCCGUGAGGCCGUGUCCGGGCUGCUGAUCAUGGCAGCAGGAGGGGGCUCACUAGUCAUUCUCUCCAUGCUGCUCCUGCGCAGGAAGAAGCCCUACGGGACUAUUAGCCAUGGGGUGGUAGAGGUGGACCCCAUGCUCACUCUGGAGGAGCAGCAGCUCCGUGAGCUACAGCGUCACGGCUACGAGAACCCCACCUACCGCUUCCUGGAGGAACGACCCUGAAUCAGCUCCUGCACCCCUUCGACUGAACCCACAUCUUCCCUCUCCCUGGAGCCCCAGAACCCCAACUCCCAGCCUGGGGGGCUUGACAAGUUCAUUUCACAGCCUUGGGUGGGCAAAUUCUCAUUGCCACUUUCCAACUCCAAAUUCCAUCCCUAAGAAAUCCCGGGCAUCCCUAGUCACCUCCCCCCUUGGGACCUCCUCACCUUAAUUUAUUUUGUAAGUUAAUUUAUGGUUCUUUAAGGUGACCUCUACCUUGGUCCCAUUGUCUCCUGUUCCCUGAAAUUCACCCUCACACAUUUCCCUCACUAAAUAGCCCAAUAAAGUCCUCUUCCCCACCAAGUCA